AUGCCCGAUGGGCUGUUGGUUACUGAUGUUCCUAAGCUUCCUGACCAUGACGGAUUUAAGAUAAUUACAUGCGAAUCGGCUCCAGCAUCAAUAAUGGCUAGCGAAAUGAUUACUAAUAACAUUAACCAAACCCAAUCAGCACCUAUGCCUGUAAAUGUCAGUCCCAUGUCUUUUUGUAGCAGUAAUAUUAAUUUAAAUGAAGAUGACAACAUAAUAUUAUACAACUAUAAAUAUGUCAGUUCGCCUAUCAGAGGGUCAAGUCCAAUUUCGGGUAUCGAACCAAUACCACCUUCGACAGAUGAAAAACCUUUUUCUGAUUCUGGAUCUUCAUGGAUUCCGGACACAGAAGAAGUAAAUAAAAUAAAAAGGAAAAGUAGUUCUUUAAUAAACAUCAAUAUUUCAGCUAAGAAGGAGAAAAGAGUUAAGAGAUUUGAACGAAUAAACUCCAUUUUGUCGAGUGACUCUGAAGACGAAAUAGGUAAUAUUAUAACAACUCGCGCUAUUAUUGAAACUCCUAUUGACCAAGUCUCACCAGUUAACCGUGACAGAAGGAUCAUGGAACACAAUAUCACAAUCGCUGAGACAACAGAUUCAGAAAAAGGAACAGGAAAUAAGGAAAAAGAAAUCUACAGAUGGAAAAAUACUAAUCAUAAAACUGGAAAAGAAAUAAAGAGUUGGAGAAGAAACGAAAAUGUUUGCCAUAUAAGAGUAAAACUGGAAAGUUUCUUGCAGCUAAACUAG